AUGUUAACACAGCAAACCAACCAGACCUCUACUAGUAACCGAGGUCAUCGAGGGUCUGGUACAACUUCUCAGAAAAAAGAAGAACGUCAACAUUCAGGAAAGCAGAAUAAUAUGCAACAAGAUGCACCACGUUCUUCACGGGAAGGAAAUACGCUGCUGGUCGGUCCAAAUUUCCGUGUUGGAAAGAAGAUUGGUUGUGGGAACUUUGGGGAACUUCGUCUUGGUCGUAAUUUGUAUACCAAUGAAUAUGUUGCCAUUAAACUUGAACCGAUGAAAACUCGUGCUCCCCAAUUGCAUUUAGAGUAUCGAUUCUAUCGUAUACUUCUAAGUGGUGGUGUUGUUGGAUUUCCAAUGGUUUAUUAUUUUGGACCAGUAGGCCGACAUAAUGCGCUUGUAAUGGAAUUGCUUGGUCCAUCUUUAGAAGAUCUAUUUGAAUCAUGUAAACGUCAAUUCUCUUUGAAAACUGUACUGAUGAUAGCAAUCCAGCUGCUUCGACGUAUUGAAUAUGUACAUUCAAAGCAUUUAAUAUAUCGUGAUGUUAAACCAGAGAAUUUUCUUAUUGGACGUCAAUAUUAUAAUAGACAUCGUACUAUAUAUAUCAUUGAUUUUGGUUUAGCUAAAGAAUAUAUUGAUCCAGAAACUCAAAAACACAUUCCUUAUCGUGAACAUAAAAGUCUUACUGGUACUGCACGUUAUAUGAGUAUUAAUACACAUUUAGGCAAAGAGCAAUCUCGACGUGAUGAUUUAGAGGCCUUAGGUCAUAUGUUUUUAUAUUUUCUACGUGGUAGUCUACCUUGGCAAGGUUUAAAAGCUGAAAAUCUACGUGAACGUUAUCAGAAAAUUGGUGAUACAAAACGUGCAACUCCUAUUGAUGUUUUAUGUCAUGGUUACCCCGAAAUGGCUACCUAUUUACGAUAUGUUCGAAGUUUAGAUUUUUUUGAAGAACCUAACUAUGAGUAUUUACGUUGGGGAUUUACUGAUUUAAUGCAAAGAAAAGGUUGGGAAUGUGAUUGGGAAUUCGAUUGGUGCAGUCGACCGUUACCUGGAUCUAAACCUCCAGGAUCUACACAUACAUCUGGCGGACAGGCAGUAAAUCCACCAUUAACUAACGUUCCUGCUGGGAAUGCUAGUUGUAUGAAUAAUGGUGUACAAAACACAUCUGGACUUACUUCUCCUACUCAUCAUCCAGUGAAUGGUAAUCAACAAAGUCCUGGUGUUAAUGGUGGGCAUCAUGCAAUGGGAUUAACUGGAACACCUUUAUUAGAUCCUGGUACUUCUCAUUGGCCACCUACUGGGCAAUCAAAUAAUGUACCUAGUUAUAUCAAUGAAGAUGGCGGUACAUCACCAAAUGAAUUAAGAUAUAAAGUUGAUGAAUAUUUACCUUCCUAUUUUGGUCAGCAAACCACAAAUCAAACUAUUAUGCAUACCGGUCUUCUUGGUGCUAAUAAAAUUGGUUCACCUAAUGACGGUAUUGUAGAUGAUGUUGGACCUACUGGUGUUGGCGGCGGUGGUGCUAUGCCCACUUCAAACUCUAGUGGUUUGCCAUAUGGUGGCGGUGGUGCUGUAUCCGGUACAAAUGCCGGUGGUACACAUAUUCGGAAUAUAACCGGUUUAUACAGUGGCGGUGGUCCAGAAGAAACUAUGGCUCGAGAUAUUGAUGACAAUUUAGGCAUGGGAGUUGGCAUGACAACAACAGAAUCAUCACCUGAAAAUGUAGUUGGCGCUGAACAAGAUGAUAUACAAAGUCAAUCAGGUUGUUGUGGCUGCUUUGGUCAACGGUCUAAAAAUCGACGUCUUCGAUCUCAGUUUAUCUAG